ACCAUCAGACGAGAGCACACACACAGCUCAAGGGCAAAGAAGAGGCAAGAUGGCUUUCAAAAUCACAGUUAUUCUGUCCGUGUUUAUGCUCACGUACCUUUUGGCUCCUUUGGUCUUUACUUCAGACAUCCAGAAGCCCUAUCCUAUUUCACUACUUGUAUACAACUCACUCACCAACCAGAAGAAUUUGACCUUCACCACUGACAUUGCAUACAGAGGGAUCUUACUUGGAGCUAUGAGAAAGAUCCAAGAAGCAGACAAUGAUUUUAAAUUCACCGUAGAAGAGAAUACAGACUAUGGUCCAUACCUUGUAAGUGUGAACGGAGUGGCAGGGAACAAUGCUGAACAUACGUACUGGGAGCUUCUUGUCAAACUGCAGGAUGGCACCAUAAUACGUCCUGAUGUGGGUGUUGGAUGUUAUAUACCAAACCCACAUGAUACAGUUAUCCUCAAAUUCACUAAAUGGUAAUCCAAAGAAGCUCUAUUAAUGCUGUAAUCGAGCUAGGGUCUUUCAUCCUUGACAAACACAAAGCACAAUACAUUGUGGUAAAUGGCAUCAAACAUUGUAUGAUUCCUCUUUGAUAAAAUCAUGUUAAAACAUCUUGCUGUAUGUAAGCCAUUUUUGUCAUAUUAAAAGCAAAAUUUACUGCA